AUGAAGGAAGAGGUGAAGGGAAUUCCUGUGAAAGUCGCACUGCGGUGUCGCCCUCUGGCCCCUAAAGAGAUUGGUGAGGGCUGCCAGAUGUGCCUUUCCUUCGUGCCUGGGGAGCCUCAGGUGAUGCUUGGCGCGGACAAGUCCUUCACCUACGAUUUUGUGUUUGACCCUUCUACGGAACAGGAGGAGGUCUUCAAUACAGCAGUGGCACCACUCAUAAAGGGAAUUUUUAAAGGUUACAAUGCAACCGUCCUGGCUUAUGGACAGACUGGCUCUGGAAAAACCUACUCAAUGGGAGGCACAUACACUGCAGAGCAGGGGAAUGAGCCAACAAUCGGGGUUAUUCCCAGGGCGAUACAACUUCUCUUCAAGGAAAUCGACGAGAAGAGUGAAUUUGAAUUUACUCUGAAAGUCUCUUACUUGGAGGUUUACAAUGAAGAAAUUUUGGAUCUUCUAUGCUCAUCUCGUGAGAGAGUUUCUCAAAUAAGUAUCCGCGAGGAUCCUAAGGCUGGCAUAAGGAUUGUGGGACUCACUGAGAGGACUGUUUCCCUUGCCUCUGAUACCAUUUCCUGUUUGGAGCAGGGCAACAACUCCAGGACUGUGGCUGCCACAGCUAUGAAUUCCCAGUCUUCCCGAUCUCAUGCUAUCUUUACAAUAUCCGUAAGGCAAAGAAAAAAAGCAGACAAGGACAGAAGCUUUCACUCUAAGCUGUGCCUUGUAGACCUUGCUGGGUCAGAAAGACAGAAGAAAACCAAGGCUGAAGGGGAUCGCCUAAAAGAGGGUAUUAAUAUUAACCGAGGACUCCUGUGCUUGGGAAACGUCAUCAGUGCUCUUGGAGAUGACAAAAAGAGCAGCUUUGUGCCCUACAGAGAUUCCAAGUUAACUCGGCUGCUUCAAGAUUCUCUAGGAGGCAACAGCCACACUCUGAUGAUCGCUUGUGUUAGUCCUGCUGACUCCAGUCUGGAGGAAACAUUAAAUACCCUUCGCUAUGCUGACAGAGCAAGGAGAAUCAAGAACAAACCUGUUAUUAAUAUUGAUCCCCAGACAGCUGAACUCAAUCAUCUUAAGCAACAGGUACGACAGCUACAGGUUUUGUUGUUACAGGCACGUGGAGGUGCCCUGCCUGGAUCUAUAAAUGGAGACCCAUCAGAGAAUCUACAGUCCCUGAUGGAGAAGAAUCAGGCCCUGGUAGAAGAGAAUGAAAAAUUAGGUCAUGGUCUGAGUGAGGCAGCUGGUCAGACAGCCCAGAUGUUGGAGAGGCUCAUUUUAACAGAACAAGCAAAUGAAAAAAUGAAUGCCCAGCUGGAAGAGCUCAGGCAUCAUGCCGCCUGCAAACUGGAUCUUCAAAAGCUAGGGGAGACUUUGGAAGAUGAAGAAUUAAAAGAAAUCGUAGAGACAAUUCAGAGCCUGCAACAAGUGAUUAUCCAGCUAUCAGAUGAAACUAUGGCUUGCCUAACUGCAUCUGCUGAAUCUGCAAUGGAACCAGAAGCUCACAAGGAAACCAGUCCAGAGCCUAGGAGGUCUUCAGGGGCUUUUGCCACACAGCAUGCUCUACAUCAAGCUCAGAUGUCUAAGGAGCUCACCGAGUUGAAUAAAGCCCUUGCACUAAAAGAGGCCCUAGCUAGGAAGAUGACUUGCAGCAAUAGCCAACUACAGCCCGUUCAGUUGCGGUACAAGGCUAACAUUAAAAGUCUAGAAUCGAAAGUCACCAGUCUACAGAAGGAAAAGGAAGAGCUGCUGCUAGAACUUCAGACAGCAAGGAAGGAUGUCAACCAAAGUAAGCUGAGUGAGCACUGCCACAAAUGUCUCCAAGAGCUGGAGGGCCAAAUAGCUGAUUUGAAGAGGAAACUAAGCGAACAGUCCAAACUUCUGAAACUGAAGGAAUCCACAGAACAUACCAUCUCCAAACUGAACCUAGAGAUCCAGGCAAUGAAAAACCAGCGAGUACAGUUAAUGCGCCAGCUGAAGGAGGAUGCGGAGAAGUCUAGACAGUGGAAGCAGCAAAAAGACAAAGAAGUAAUUCAAUUGAAAGAAAAAGACCGUAAGAGGCAAUAUGAGUUGCUCAAACUUGAGAGAAACUUCCAGAAACAGGCCAACGUGCUCAGACGUAAAACUGAAGAGGCAGCAGCUGCCAACAAACGCCUUAAGGACGCUCUCCAAAAGCAACGGGAGGUGUCAGAUAAACGGAAAGAAACUCAGAGCUGUGGAACAGAAGGCAUGGUGGCUCGAGUUAAAAACUGGCUUGGAAACGAAAUUGAGAUUAUGGUCAGCACUGAGGAAGCCAAACGUCAUCUGAAUGACCUUCUUGAAGACAGAAAGGUCCUUGCUGUAGAGGUGGCUCAACUUAAAGAAAAACAGGAAUCUAGGGAGAACCCACCUCCUAAAUUCCGGAGGUGCACAUUCACAAGUGAAAUCCUAUGUGAUCAAGUUUCAGCGUCAGAGGAUUCCAUCACAAAGCAGAUUGCAAGCUUAGAGACUGAAGUGGAACUCAGGACUGCCCAGAUCGCUGACCUUCAGCAAAAACUCCUAGAUGCAGAAAGCGAAGACAGGCCAAAACAACGCUGGGAGAAUAUUGCUACGAUUUUGGAAGCCAAGUGUGCCCUAAAAUACUUAAUUGGAGAAGCAGUAUCCUCCAAAAUACAGGUCAGCAAGCUUGAAAGCAGCCUGAAACAGAGCCAGGCCAGCUACACCAACAUGCAGAAAUUGCUGUUUGAGGAACAAAGCCAUCUUGCUGAGGUAGAGACAGAGUUAAAAGCUGAGCUGCUCAAGGUGGAGCAAAUACACCAGGAGAAGGUGCUGUACCUUCUCAGCCAGCUGCAGCAAAGCCGAAUGGCAGAGAAACAGUUGGAGGAGUCGAUUACUGGGAAGGAACAGCAGCUGCUGAGCACACUGCAGUGUCAAGAUGAACACCUGAGGAAAAUGCAAGAAGUGUGUGAGCAGAACCAGCAGCUUCUCCAAGAGAAUGAAGCCAUCAGGCAGAAACUGAUCCUCCUCCAAGGAGCCCGUGGACAGAAAUCUGACCGUUCUACGGAGAUCCUUCAGUCUUCAGAUUCUUCCUUUGACUAUGUCCCACCUAAACCCAAGCCUUCCUGUGUUAAAGACAAGCUGGUAGCACAAAGCGCAGACACUGAGGAUCUAAAGUGUUAUUCUGAGCAUUCAGGGAAGGAGUAUGAAGAUAGUGAUACGGAGGAUGAGGAAUGGAAACCAAGGAAAUUCAUUAAGAUGUCCAGGAAGAUCAUUCAAGGGUGUUCCUGCAAGGGCUGGUGUAGGAACAAGCAGUGUGGCUGCAGGAAGCAAGGGUCAGACUGUAGUGUGGCCUGUGGCUGUGACCCCACGAAGUGCCGAAACCGCCAAGAUAGCUUGGCUUCUAUCGAGUGGAACCAGGAUUCUGAAUGCUCCUUCAAGCUGGACGAUCCCACAGAGGUGACCCCAGGACUGAGCUUCUUUAACCCUGUCUGUGCCACGCCCAGCACCAAGAUCCUCAAAGAGAUGUGUGAUAUGGAUCAAGUUCUGUUAAGGAAGACUGCUCUUGCUCUUUCCUUUGAUCUCCCAGAAAUAAAACAGAGAGCAGCAGAAUCCCAGGGGAAGAAAGCCCCAGGGAAGAAGAAGAGGAGAGCUCUGGCCAGCAAUACCAGCUUCUUCUCUGGCUUCUCUCCUUCUGAAGAAGAGACCCAUUGA